UCGAUAUUUAAAGACAACGGUACUUCCGGCUCUAGUUUUAAGGAAGGUAAGAAAGUGACGUCAUAUAUCAUUGUAGCACAGAGGCAGUAGUGACCUCAUGUUCAGAUUUUUUUUUAAGGGUGUGCCGGUUUCAACUUUAGUCUAUAAUGUCCCGGCAGAAAUACUUGAUCCACAGCCGGUUGGAUCGAGUAUUUCUCCCACUCAAAAUUACUUGUCGCGCCACACGUCUUUCAUUUGAUUAAACGCUCACCUUGCCGUUAUUGGAAAAUAGUAGUCAUAUUUCCAUGGUUACACAAACCCAACAGAAGUGGGAUCAACAAGCAAUACAUUUUCCUCACUCUUCCUUUAGUUUUAACCAUAAAAGCACAGAAGAAAUUUUAGCGCAAACAAAAAUGUCUGUUUUUGAGCAGCUACGCCCUUUCGUUAGCUUUUGCCAAGCUUGUGGCAUGAUUCCUUUUACUAUCGAACAAAAUUCAGUUACCAACAAAUUUACGAAAUUUACCUUUUCUUUCAGACAUCUCACUACCUGGUGGUUUUUUCUAGUUAUGGUUAUGGAAACUGUAGUUAUGGGCGUGAUGGGAUACUUCUCUUUCAUUCACGUAUUCUUUUUACUAAACGGUCAAAAUUUGCCCAUCACUGUAAUUAUCCUUUUAUUUGUAAUUGGAAUGUCUUACUUCGCUCAACUACUCUUAUCUCGUUGGGUCGUUCUCCACUACCGUCAACUACGAAAUGCGAUCGAAACCAUUCAAGAAGUGGAGAAACUUUUUGGAGAGAAGUUUAUUUCUCAGCACAAGAGCUCCGUUACGACACGAUUUAUUAUCGGCUUUGUUCUCGUCGUUAUUUCGGCUAUAGGAACUUUGACCCUAUCUACUUCGAUUCACCGACAGUUUCCAUCAUUGAUUUACACGAAUAACGUCUUUGCUUCAGUUGCCACAUUUUCCACUUUAGCAUUUAUCUACUUGUUAUUUGAAUCUACAUUUUUUUUCUUUCACAUGUGUUAUUACAUAAUCGCUUACUAUGUCCAACUUCUGAUCAUACGCUCAGAUGCCGAAGAUCAAACAAUUUCGCAGAAGAAGAAGGAGAAUAUGGGAGUGUUGAAAGAAAACACCCUGAUUUUGAAUUACCUUUGUCGAGCCUCUCAGGAAUUAAAUGGAAUUUUUUCCGUUCCUGUUUUUAUUUUGUUGACUGCAAAAUUCAUCUCGGUCGUCACCACUGCUUUCGCAUAUAUUUACAACUGUUUUAUUCGUUCAAACGUUGUCUUGGAUAGUUACAGUUGGCUGUUUCUUUUCACGUGUUUCACUGAUUGGAUCAAAAUAAUGAUCCUUCUUACCACAGCUGACAUGGCCGCUAAUCAGGUUUUUACGCAACAAUUUUAAACGCGCUUGGUUACCUUAUUUUGUAUUGUCGCCAGAUUCGUCUUUUCCACGACAAAGUUACCUCAAUAUCAUCUUAUGGAUUGUCUCAUUCGUUGGCCGAAAAAAUCUCGGUUCGUUUCUUUUUGAAAAUUUCUUUUUGAAGGGAAAUAAAUAAUCAAUGAGGUUUUACAAACGCAUUUUAGUUAAUGACUUCCCUGGUGCAGAUUGACGAAAAUCGUGUCCGAUUGUCAGCUGCUGGACUGUUUAAGGUGGGGAUGCACCUUGUUCCGGCUUUGGCAGGUGCUGUAGUGACGUACAUGGUUAUCCUCCUUCAAAAUUAGAUCACCCUAUCAGAACGGUUGAGAAAAGGAAAAGUACUCACAUAGAAAUUCGUACAUUUUGAAAAAUAUAUCUAUCUGGGACACAAAACAAAAGCUAAUAAAAAAUUUGACACUGAUAAUUGUGAUUCUUGUCAUAAUGGCUGGCCUUAAAAAUUCCAUGGGGAAUUAAACGUGCGAAUAUGACGUCUUCAUCGCACCAGAGAGGACGAUCGUCUCCCAUUUUGGUUUCAUCAAUGAAUAUCGUCUCUACACUCGCAACAAUAAGACGGCUGACGAUCUGCAGUCACUCAACAGAGUGAAACCUAAAUUGUAACUUGUUUAAAAAUGAAUCAUCAAUUCAGCACACGAAACAUUGGAGAUGCUAUAAAUUACUAUACUGCGUUUUUAAUCAAUUGGGGUGCACGCAAUGAUGUGCACGCAUGAUGAAUGAUUGAUUGGACAGACAUGAUUGGAUUAAACUAUUUAUUGGCGUUUGUGGAUUUCUAUUUUGCGUUGAGAGAGGCUUUUUAAUUCGUGAAAAUGGGUCGAUGGAUAAACGCAAACAUUUGUUUUCGGUUGACAUGGGUGUUGAAUGCCAUCGCAAUUUGAUGAGCACCAGAUAAUUUGUGUUUGCAUGUUUCUUUUUAUGCUUUAAUAAUCAAAACGAUGAAAUAUGUAGACCACAAUGAAGUACCCUUUUGUUGGAAUGUCUAGUACACUAAUAUAGCUGCUGCAGUGUAGUGAAACCUGGCAUUAAAGGCGGUGGUAGGGCGGUAAACAGUAGCAACUAAAAAUGCGUGUCUUUCUCCAACUACGGCCGUUUGUUUGGUUUUGUCAAUUCUUUGGCAUCAUUCCUUUCUUUAUGGUAAUCGACGAUUCGCCUGCCAAGACUUUCAAAAAGUUUUCCUUCUCCUUACGUCAUCCGGUGACGUGGUGGUUCUCAUUUCUCUUCAUUUCCCUAACAGUGCUCCCGGUUUUAGACAUCCAAGUUAUUUGGCGAAUCCUCUAUCACGCAGAUGAUGUGCCAACCCAUAUAGGCCUACCCCCCAUCUUCAUAAGCUUUAUUCUACAAGAGCAUGUGUUUUCCUUUAUCUUACUUGCUUCGGCACGCUACCUGAUUUGCAAACACGCUUGCAUACGUCGGGCUGUAUCUUUGGUGCAAAAGGUCAACAAUGAACUUAUGGUGGAGGAUAUGCCAUCAGAAUACAUCCCCGCAGUGCGGAAACAUGUCAUUGCGGCCAUCCUUUCCCCAUUGAUUGCUAGCAUUUCCGUGCUGGUUUCAAAUCCAGUUAUAUUCAACUCGAAAAUUCAAUUUUCCGGCUUGUCCUUUGCUGUUUUGAAUUUAAUUUCCCGAUGCUUCAUCAUUAUUCUGGUAAUGGGCUUAAUUUUGCUCUGUUACCUUUGCUACUAUAUUGUCUCUUGGUACAUCCGGCUUAUUGCCUUGAACUUGGAACGACCGCAACUGCUUCCGGAAGUGGAAAUGCGUUUGGAAAACGUCUCGGAAACAAGAAAAACUGCUUGGAGUACAGUGAGGGAUACCAACACGAAACAAAAACUGAGGAAAAGCAAAAGAAUGUUUGGAUAUUUGUGCCAGGCGCUCGUCGAACUGAAUAAAGCGUUUUCAUUCCCCGCGUUAGUUUUCUUAACGCUCAGGUUGAUUUCAUCAGCGUUUAGUCUCUACGUUGCCAUUAGCGGACUCUUGAACGCAGAUAAUUUAAUCUUUCGAGCUUUGAUUCCCGCUUUUGCCAUGAUAUCCAUCGUUGGUAUCUUUGGUAUUCUAAUUAUAUUCAGAGCUGCAGAUUUGCCAAUAAUUCAGAUGCGAAAACUGCGCGAUAACAUCUUUUGCAUUUUGACCGAAAAAAAUGAUCUUGACAUGAAUAUGAAAUUGGAGGCGGUGGCAUUUCUCCAAGUUAUUUCCGAGGAAAGAGUUCGUUUGUCAGCUGCAGGACUUUUCUCGGUCGGCAUGAAUGUCGUACCAUCUGUAAGCUGUUUUUCCUUUUAUAAGUUGGUUAACUUCGUCUGUACACUUUUAUUUGUUUGUCGCAUUUAGUUGACUGCGGCGAUUAUAACUUACCUUAUCAUCUUACUUCAAACCAAACUGGUUUAGUCUUCAAUCUUCAUUACUCCGAUGGAUGGAACACUCAAAAUAUUUGCUUGAAACAAAAUUGUAACACUGCUUGUGUGUGGUUUAUUUUCACCCUAUCUAUUGAUUUAAAAUUACACGAAACCAAACUAAUUAUUUCAGUAGUGGGCCUACAUUGUCUUAAAUAUAUCGUACUUCAUUCGAUAUUUAAAGACAAUGGUACUUCCGGCUCUAGUUUUAAGGAAGGUAAGAAGGUUACGUCACUUAUUAUUGUGGCCAGAGAAGCAGUAGUGACCUCAGGUUCAGAUAUUUUUAAGGGUGCGCCGGUUUCUGCUUUAGUCAGGGAAGUCACGGAAGUGUUGGAGAGGAUCUCGGUUUUAUUUUCCUGAUUUGAUGUUGAUGCAUCGAUGGAAUCCUUGGCAGCUUGAACGGGGGUUUUGGUUACGUCGGCGAGGUGUGGCGGUGAUGGACCUUCUUCUUUUGAAUUUUGAGAUUCUGACGAUUCGUCCGAUUCAUCUGAUUCAUCUGAUUCGUCAGAUUCUUUAUCAACUUCCUUGGAUUCGGAAAUCUGAACAGGAUCAGUCUUAGAGGGCGUAGCUAUUUUGACUGGAGCCGGAGCAGAACUAGAUGUUGGAUGACUAAUUUUGACGUUUGAAUUUGUUACGCUGGGAUCGUUCGGAAUUGGAACUGUCAUUCCGGCAGCUACAAGUAAAGGGAGCAGGAA